AUGUAGCAGAAGCCAGGGCAGGUGCACACAUUAUCGAGGGCUGAACUGGGAUAAGUUUACUUCAUUUCUGUCUUAGAAUGAUUCUGAUCUCUGGCGUUUGUGCAUCAUAAGGCUAGUGCCUUUAAGGGAACCUUAAAAUAACAGCACUGCCUUGGAGAUCUGAUGAAUGUAACAGGUGCAGAGAUUAUUUCCAGGCCAUGUGUGUGCGUCUAUGUGUAACAGCAAGAGGGGGAGAGGAAAAGCAGAAAGGGGAAGAGCACAUUGAUGUCCCUGCUGCGUCUCUGUAGCCUGUGAAACUUGCAUCAGAUUGCCUUCAGCAACCUAAACACUGGAGAGAAAAAAAUAGAAGGAAGAUCGGAGAACGGAGGAAAAGGGUGUAAACCUAAAGGGUUACUGAAUCCAAUUCUCUUCAUUUCAAGGAAGAAAGGGGAAAAAAAAACGAUUUCACAAAUGAUGUGGCCUAAUUUUUUCAUGCAGGAAGAGGAGCAGCGCUUCUCGGGAAGAGGUAGAGGGCAACGUGGAAAGGGCCUUACCGAUGCUCAAGAGGGCAAGAUUAAGCUGGCCUUCUUCGUGGCCCUCGUUGGGGUUACUCUCACUGUGUUAGCAGUUGGGACAGAAUUUUGGGUUGAGGUGAAUACAUAUAAGCAAAAUAACACCGUAAGCUGUGAGGCAGCUCAUUUUGGUCUUUGGAAGUUCUGCUACAAGAAACUAUUGCUUAUAGAUGUGGAUGACUACCGUGCAACCUGUGGCCCCGCAGAGCUUCCUGGAGAAUCAAAUUGUUCAUAUUUCAAGUUCUUCACUACAGGUGAAAAUGCACACAUAUUUCAACGCAUCACACACAAAGAUCUAAAUAUCACAGCUGCAGUUAUGUCUCUGUUGAGUAUAACACUUAUGGUAAUGGGAUCAAUCUGCAUCACCAUGGUUCUAAGCAAAGGAGUGGAGUUCCUUCUGAAGCCUGCUUGUGUCUUUUUUGUUCUUUCAGGUACAUUCGUCCUUAUUACCAUGGAGGUAUUUCGUCAUGCUGUGAGAUGGCUUAUGGCAAGUAACCAGUAUGUACGUCUGGAAUAUGAGUACUCAUGGUCAGUAGCUUGUGCUGCAGCUGCCGGAGCCAUAUUGAUAUUUGGAGGAGGUUGUUGCUUGGUCCUGGUAAUGCCUCCUUUGCCCAAGAAACCAUGGGAAUACUGUAUGAAGAAAGGAGGCAGUUCAUAAAGAAGCACACGGAGAUCGUUUUUACAUAUUUUAAUGGCCAUAGGGCUAACGAACGAUCCACUGUGACCUAGUUUUCUAUGAAGAAGUCCUUUGCA